UGCUGAGGGGACGGGUCGGACUCAGAAAUGGCGGCGUCCAUGUUCUAUGGCCGGCAGUUGGCUGCGGUCGCCCUGCGGAGCCACCGGCCGCAGACUACGCUGCGGGCCGCCGCCCAGGUAAGUCUGCCCUGUUCGCUUUAGCCUCGGGGGUCGGCGGGCAAGGCGCGGGGGCGCGACCCGGCUGCGGGGCUCUUGGCGGCGCUGGCUCGGCCGGGAUGUCUUGCGGUGCUCAGAGGCUGCGGGCCAGGGCUGCGAGCUGGCGCUCGGGUUGCUCGGCUGUGCUGCGGCCCCGGUCCUCAGGAAGCCCGGCAGGGCGGCCUGGCUGUCGGCCUCCUUUGCGGGAGCCUGCCGGAGCGCUCCCAUAGGAGACUGGGGCCGUCCCUGCGGGGGGCCAACGCGUCCGGGCCCCUUUUGGGUAAGGGGGAUGCCCUUCAAGUGUACUUUCAGGUCCCGCCAACUGUCGUGGAUGGGAAGGACUUCGGAACACCAGCAGAGUCGGCCUGCCUGCCUUCCCCAGAUAGUUGUGUUUUGAUCAGCCAGUCCUGGUAGUUCUGGGAAAUUCUGGAUUAUUUAACAAGCAUGGAUUCCAAAUUCAGCAGCAGCAGCAAAGGAAUCUUUCACUGCACGAAUACUUGAGUAUGGAAUUAUUGCAGGAAGCAGGUGUCUCUGUUCCCAAAGGCUUUGUGGCAAAGUCAUCAGAUGAAGCGUAUGCAAUUGCCAAAAAAUUAGGGUCAAAGGAUGUUGUGAUAAAGGCACAGGUUUUAGCUGGCGGCAGAGGAAAAGGAACGUUUACAAGUGGCCUCAAAGGAGGAGUGAAGAUCGUUUUCUCUCCAGAAGAAGCAAAAGCUGUUUCCUCACAGAUGAUUGGGCAAAAAUUGAUUACCAAGCAAACUGGAGCGAAGGGCAGAAUAUGCAAUCAAGUUUUGGUCUGUGAGCGAAAAUAUCCCAGGAGAGAAUACUACUUUGCAAUAACAAUGGAGAGGUCAUUUCAAGGUCCUGUAUUGAUAGGAAGUGCACAAGGUGGUGUUAACAUUGAAGAUGUUGCUGCUGAGAACCCUGAAGCCAUUCUAAAGGAACCUAUUGAUAUAAUCGAAGGCAUCAAAAAGGAGCAAGCUGUGAGGCUUGCACAGAAGAUGGGAUUUCCUCCUAACAUUGUGGAUUCUGCAGCAGAAAACAUGAUCAAGCUUUAUAAACUUUUUCUGAAGUAUGAUGCAACUAUGGUAGAAAUAAACCCAAUGGUAGAAGAUUCUGAUGGAAAGGUGUUGUGCAUGGAUGCAAAGAUCAAUUUUGAUUCAAAUUCAGCCUAUCGCCAGAAGAAGAUAUUUGAUCUUCAGGACUGGAGCCAGGAAGACGAAAGGGACAAGGAGGCAGCUAAUGCAGAUAUUAACUAUAUUGGCCUCGAUGGGACCAUAGGCUGUCUAGUAAAUGGUGCUGGCUUGGCUAUGGCCACAAUGGAUAUAAUAAAGCUACACGGGGGGACUCCAGCCAACUUUCUUGAUGUUGGUGGCGGCGCCACCGUCCAGCAAGUAACAGAAGCAUUUAAACUUAUCACUUCAGAUAAAAAGGUACAGGCUAUUCUGGUCAACAUUUUUGGAGGAAUCAUGAGAUGUGAUAUUAUUGCACAAGGAAUAGUCAUGGCAGUAAAAGAUUUAGAAAUUAGAAUACCUGUAGUGGUACGGUUACAAGGUACACGAGUUGAUGAUGCUAAGGCACUAAUAGCAGACAGUGGUCUUAAAAUUCUUGCUUGUGAUGAUUUGGAUGAAGCAGCUAAAAUGGUUGUAAAGCUCUCUGAAAUAGUGACCUUAGCCAAAGAAGCCCAUGUGGAUGUGAAGUUUCAGUUGCCAAUAUGAGAAAGACCUUGGUGGAUGGCUGUGGGUAUUGAUGUGCUAUAAUUCUUUAUUAUACUGUGGUAUCUCCUAGUGUCCCUUUUCUUUUAAAUGUGUGGAGAAUGUAAUCACCACAUAGGCACACAUACCUUUGAAAGCAUUUGCUCUGCAUUUGAUUCUGCUGCUCCAAAUGGACUGUUUAUAUAAAGAAUGUCUGAUGGAAACUUACUUACGGUGGUCUCUUUUCUUGCAGCCAUCUUUUUUGCUUCCUCCACAGAAUGUCACUUGGAGUAUGCCUUUUUUCUGGUGUUGGAUACGAAGUUCUUCAUUGAUAAGAGUCCUAUAAAUAAAAUUACUACAAAGAUAAAGCUUUAUUCUUUAGUAUGAAGAUAUAUCUAAUAACAGCCUCAUUAGGACAAUGGUGUGUUAUAGCAAUGUUUUAUAUAAGAAAUAUUUAUCUUAAGCAUCAAAUGGCUCUUAAAUGUAUCAAUCAUUAUUUAUACACAGAACUUGGAAGCACUCCUCAGAAUAUCUUUUAAGUUAGAGAAGUAACUUGCUGAUUAUUUGAACAUCGUUUUAAUCAUUACAGGACAAUGAUAACCGCAAGUUUUCAUGAUUCUGUGGUGGUAAAAACACCUGCAGGUUGAUAAAAAAAAGGCACUUAUUAAGAACUUGGACAAAAUUAGAAUGCCAGUUUAAGUUAAUAAAAGUUUCCCAAUGUAA